GAUUCCAACUUUGCUUCUGUACGCGUUAACCCAAUCCUUUUAGGAAUAGGAACUGACCGUGAAAUCAAGAUAUAUAAGAGUAGCUAAAAUCUUAGAAACCCAAAAUAGAGCAAGCCCUCUUUCUAGUUAAUCAUGGGAAAGCGAAAGUCAAAAAGAUUUGAACGGAAUAGGCAAAAGAGAAUCAAAGUAGAAGCAGAAGGCGAAGACGCCAUUAUUAGUUCAACUGACAGGUUAUCUGCGCUGCCUGAACCCCUCAUGCUCCAAAUCUUCUUGUUGUUGCCGCCAAUAGAUGCACUUCACAUAAGCCUUUUGUCGAAAUCAUGGCGGCGUUUAUGGAAUUCUAUCCCAAUAGAGAAUUUUGAAUUCAAAUAUUUAUCUUUCCAAAGAAGGUUACGUAACGAAAAUUUGGUAGCAAAAGAAAAAGCAGAUAGGUUCUUAAAAUUCAUUGAUGAUUCAUUGCAAAAGCUCGAAGAUGUUAUCAACGAAGUGAAAAUUGAGACUUUCGUGCUACAUCUGCACGCAGCUGUUCACGCUGUAACUAGUUAUGAUUUGUUUUCUCACAUGAAACAAUGGAUGAGACUCGUCGCCAAGAAACACAUCAAACACCUAGACAUGAAAACCAAUCUCAGACACCCAUGUGUUAAUUUACCUGCUACAACCUUUCUGGCUCAAUCAUUAUCUACAUUGAAGUUACAAGGUUUUGCAUUGCCUGAUAACUUACUAUUUUUCGUCAAUCUGAAUUUUCCUUGCUUGCAAAAUCUCUCUCUGAUAAGAGUUUAUGCUGAAGAAAGGGUGGCAGAAAAGCUUUUGUCUUCUUGCCCUUUCCUCGAGGAAUUAUAUAUGAAAGAAUGUCGAGGAUUAGACGAUUUAUUAUGCAUUCCUAACCUUCCCAAGUUAACUAAGGUUAGUCUAAUUUCUAACUCAAACACAUUUGUUGCCUUUGAAGCAUCAAAUGUUCAACUUCUUAUCUUUAAAGUGUCUGGUUAUUCUUUACCGAAUUUAAAUGGUUGUAAGGAUCUGAAACAUUUGAAAGUAAGUGCUAAUAGAGACAUUAGUAGCCUAUGGAUUCAGCAAAUUCUUGAUAAAUUCGAUCAGCUUGAGACCUUGCAUUUAAAAUAUUUUCCUACUUCUCGAAAAGUCGAAAUUUCAAGCCGUCAUCAGCUGAAGAGCUUAAGUUUGGUCCAUUUUCAUGAGGAUGUAUAUUUAAUUAAGAUUGAUGCUCCAAACCUUGAAUCGUACGAAUACAAGAAUAAUAGAAGUCUACCUCUUUCCUAUCCAAUAAACAGUCCAAGUCUACAAGUUGCUCGUCUCUUUUUAGACACAGGAAUGUAUCUGGACACCAUGUGGUUUCGUAGAUUGAGGAAUUAUCUCUUUCAAACGUUCCACAAACAUCAAGUUUUGAAUCUACGGCUCGGCUCUUCUCAGAUUAAAUUCGAUCCAUGGACAGAAGAUCUUCAACCAUCCAAAGUUGAACGUGUAGAGAUAGAAGUUUUGAACUCGAGAAUGAGUUAUUCAGCUCUUUUGAAUGGAUUAUUAUGGUGUGCUCACCCAACAGCUCUAUAUGUGAAGGGAUCCAAAAGCAACAUAGAUUUCAUUGCGUUCCUUUGCGAGACUCUCCUUACAAACAUGGAAGAAAUUGAGCAGUGUUCUUGUGAAUUGAAGUGGUGCUGGCGCCAUCUCUUAAAAGAUGUUAAGAUGAAGAUCGGGAUUAAUGACAAGGUUAAGGAAUUUGAGUUUGAUGAAGGGUUUGCAUUCGAGUCAUUGCCAACUCUUAGAGCAAACGUGCAAGUUAUUUUUGAAUUAAUAUGCUUCAGGAGCUGA